AUGGGAUGCGAAAGGAACCUUGAUGCCUCUCCCAUUAAUUCAGGUUCCCUCCUGAUUCUUGCAGCAGCCGCGGAGUUCCGUUCAAUAGCCGAAACUGAAGACGCCCUCCUCAGACAUUUAUUCCAAGGUUAUCAGAAGUGGGUUCGCCCUGUAUUAAAUUCUAAUGACACCAUAAAAGUACACUUUGGAUUGAAAAUAUCUCAACUUGUAGAUGUGGAUGAAAAGAACCAGCUGAUGACAACAAAUGUGUGGCUCAAACAGGAAUGGACAGACCACAAAUUACGCUGGAAUCCUGAUGAAUACGGCGGAAUUCAUUCCAUUAAAGUCCCAUCGGAAUCUCUCUGGCUCCCUGACAUAGUUCUCUUUGAAAAUGCUGAUGGGCGUUUCGAAGGCUCCCUCAUGACCAAAGUCAUCGUGAAAUCGAAUGGAACCGUCACCUGGACCCCUCCUGCCAGUUACAAAAGCUCGUGCACCAUGGACGUCACGUUUUUCCCAUUUGACCGGCAGAACUGCUCCAUGAAGUUUGGGUCCUGGACUUACGAUGGUACCAUGGUCGACCUCGUUUUGAUGAACGAAAACGUCGACAGGAAAGACUUCUUCGAUAAUGGAGAAUGGGAAAUACUAAAUGCCAAGGGGAUGAAGGGACACAGGAGAGACGGUCUGUACUCCUACCCGUUCAUCACCUAUUCCUUCGUCCUGCGUCGCCUGCCUCUGUUCUACACCCUCUUCUUGAUAAUCCCCUGCCUGGGACUCUCUUUUCUGACGGUUCUGGUGUUCUAUUUACCUUCUGACGAAGGGGAAAAGCUUUCCUUGUCCACCUCUGUCCUGGUUUCCCUGACAGUUUUCCUUCUCGUGAUUGAGGAAAUAAUCCCUUCCUCCUCCAAGGUCAUCCCUCUCAUUGGAGAGUACCUGCUGUUCAUCAUGAUUUUCGUCACCCUGUCGAUUAUUGUCACCGUGUUCGUCAUUAAUGUUCACCACAGAUCUUCGUCCACUCACCACCCCAUGGCCCCCUGGGUUAAGAGGCUCUUUCUGCAAAGACUUCCUAAAUUACUUUGCAUGAAGCACCACGUGGAUCGCUACUCUUCCCCAGAGAAAGACGAGAGGAAACGGGUGGUGCAAGGUAAAGUCCUAGGAAAAAAGAAACAGAAGCAGAUGGGGGACGGAGAGAAGGUUCUGGUUGCUUUCUUGGAAAAGGCUGCUGACUCCAUUAGAUACAUCUCCAGGCACGUGAAGAAGGAGCAUUUUAUCAGCCAGGUAGUACAAGACUGGAAAUUCGUAGCGCAAGUUCUGGACCGCAUCUUCCUGUGGCUCUUCCUGAUAGUCUCAGUGAUGGGCUCCGUCCUAAUUUUUACCCCCGCUUUGAAGAUGUGGCUACAUAGUUACCACAAGGAACAAGUCUCCAAAGCGAUCUAACAUACCUACCAUAGAGACAAAGUCACGCCAUGGAACUGACAUCCAGCUGGCACGUAUACACAGCACCCAAAUGCACAUGCUUCUUGGAAGGGCCUGUGUCGUCCCCAAGGAAACUGAACCGUGGGACACGUGGGUUUGCCCACAGUAAAUUCGUGGUGGCCAUUAGCGCGGGCCUGGGUCUAAGUAAAACAACCUCCACCGGCCCCUGCCUUGGCUUCAGGGUGGAGUCAUAUGUCCAGGCCUGAGGUCACACGUCGGCAGCACAGGAUGUUCCCAGGAACUGGACUAAGGCCUAACAAGACUGAGGCCUGAGAAUUCAAGGAGGCCUCGGUGAAGGGAUUUGUGUGGGCAGGACUUGGGUCUCCUGUGUCUGUUCUUGGUGGCUUUGCCUGAGAUACAUCUUGAGCUGCGUGUUGUGGAUGAACAAAUCUCAACAACCAUGAUAGAACUUUGGGGCUCCGUGUGUAACCCACAUAUCCAUAUUUUUCUGCACGUUUUAUUGGAAUUUUUAAAAAAGGAGGCAGCAUGGUGAAGUAGAAACUAGGGCACAAGGACUCUAGACCAGCCAUUUCCCAGCUGUGAGCUGUGGGACCUUAGGCACAUCAUUUGUCCUGUCUGGUCAGUAAGAGGUUAUGACUCAUCACUUUUGACACUCUUUUCCACUCUAAAAUUCUAUUCUUUGGAUAUGGAUACUGGAGCUUUCACAAUUUUUAAACUACACAAUUUCUAAUUAUAACUUUGAUCCUUUGGGAAAAUGAAUCUGCUUUCUCUCUACUGUAGGACAGAAUUUACAGGAAAAUAUUGUGAUGAAACCAAGGAUUCGAUCCGUUAAAUCCCUGACAGGAUUGUGAAAUCAAAGGGCAAAUCACUGUUCUUUUUAUUGAGAAUGCUAUUGACUUCAACUUUAUUUAACUCAUUAGUUUGCUAGGUAAAUGGCAAAACUAAUCUUAGAAAAAUGCAUUUUGAUUAGAAUCUAGUCUCAAAUUUUGAAAAAUACCACAUGAAACACUCCCCAAGCCUCCUUCUGACCAGGCACAAAUACAGCAAAGGUCAAACCUUUAUACAUGUGCAUACAGCUUAUUCCUCAUUGCAGCUAAAUUGGGAGGCAACACCCGCUUCCAAUAUGGAAAAGGAUAAAUAUUUUUAUAUCACAAUAACCCUGAGAAAGUAACUACAAAAGAGAACUUUAGAGCAAAUAAAUUUUUAUUUCAAAUGUAUAG